UUGAUGACGUUGUGCGUAAUGGCCGCUGUGCGCUGCGGAGUCCCAUUAUUUCCUCUGCCAUAGCGGCUAAAUUAACGCUGUCAUCUUUGAGCUGUAUCCCGUAAACACGCAGCAGCAGACGGAGAGAAGACGUCCUAACGAAGCGCUGCCGUCUUUAAACACCUUCGGCUCAGCCAGAACAUUCUUUAAUGGAUUCUCCUGAAAGUCCUACGCAGUCUCCCCAGUCUCCGGAGGAUGAGGAGGAGAGGGCGCUAUCUGACUCUGAGCUGCUGGAUUCUUCUGAUGAAGAGGACGACAGGAUCGUCUCUGGCAGCAAGAUUGUCCGUGAAGAGGAAAAUGGGGGUUUGUUGGAGGAGGAUGAAGAGGAGGACGAGGAGCAGACGGUGGGAAGCAGAAGAAGAAGAAGUUUGGGAUCAGAGGAGUUGGAAGAAGAGGACGAGGUGGUCCCAGACUUUGUCUCAGACCCAGAGGACGAAGAACCUGUAGGUAUGGGACAGGAGGAUGAAGCCAUUGUGAUGAUGGAGGGAGAAGAAGAUGAGGGGGUAGAUAGAGAGGAGGGAGAUGAGGAGGAAGAAGACAGGGUCAUUGACACGCCACAGUCUCCAGACUUUGAACCAGAACAGGUCAAGCGCUUCAAUGAUGAAGACAAUGGAGAUGAUAAAGACAGGGAUGGUGGCUACAGGAAGGACACUUCAGCUGAGCCCGAGACAGCUGAGGUGGAUGAGGAGGAAGAGGAAGAGAGGAGAGGAGCUGUGAAGGAGACGAAGGACGACCCGGCCUGUGUUUCCCGGGAGCUGGACGAACACGAGCUGGAUUAUGACGAGGAAGUCCCAGAGGAGCCCAGCAUCCCCGCACACGAGGAAGAGGAGGAGGAGGACGCCGAGGAGGAAGUGAGCGAUGACAAGAGCAGCAAGAAGAAGGAGAAGAAGCCAAUUCUUCCGCCGUCCCCCGAGUUCAGCGAGUCCAGGAGAAUAGAUGAGUCGAAAGGGCUGGACAGAGCAGGCAGGAAGAGGGACGAGGAUGACGGAGAGAUCGACGAAGGAGAGAUUGAUGAUGACGAUCUGGAGGAAGGGGAGGUUAAGGAUCCCUCGGACAGGAAGAUCAGACCACGUCCCAUAUGCAGGUUCUUCAUCAAAGGAAAUUGUACCUGGGGCAUGAACUGCAGGUUCAUUCACCCAGGAGUCAACGAUAAGGGAAACUAUUCCCUCAUCAGCAAACCAGAUCUCUUCUCACCAAAUGGAGCGGCCCCUAGUGGACCACUACCACUCAUACCCAACAAUCCCUGGGCGGGGCCUGCAGUAGAGGAGCUCCCCCCACCCCCUCCACCAGUGGAGCCCCCAGUGGAGAGUGCAUGGGAGCGCGGUCUGAGGCACGCCAAAGAGGUGCUGAAGAAGGCAACCAUCCGUAAGGAGCAGGAGCCAGACUUUGAGGAGAAACGCUUCAACGUGACCAUCGGUGAGGACGAGAGAGAAUUCGACAAAGAGAACGAUUUCCUCAGAGAACGCUACCGCAUCGUCAGAGAUGAAAUGGACUUCAGGGAUCCUUUAUAUAGUGACCCGUAUAACGACUCGUACUAUGACUAUGAAAUGGAGGCGCUGUGGCGAGGAGGCCAGUAUGAAAACUUCCGAGUGCAGUACACAGAAGCUCCACUCCCUUACCACUACAACGAACGUGAUCGCAUCCGCGACCCCCAGGACCGCCACAGGGACAGAGAGCGCGAGAGAGAUCACCGCGAGAGGGAGCGCCGGCAGAGAGAGAGGGAGCGAGAACGAGAGCGAGAGCGCGAGAAGGAGAGAAUCCGGCGGAAAGAAGAGUGGGAGAGAGACCGGAUGAAGAGAGACGACAAAGACAGGCCGAGGAUGCGACCUCCUCGAGACGCCAGGGAGAAGAAAGACGAGGACAAGCUGAAGCCACGCUCUCCGCUCGACUUACCACCAAACAGGCCAAUGGAGCCGCCCUCAAAGAAGGACAUGGUUCCAUUAAUGCGGCGGCCUGAUGAGUGGAAGGACCCGUGGCGACGGUCCAAAUCCCCCAGGAGACGCCCGGGGCUGGGCUCUCCUCCCCGAGGACGCCGGCGACACCGACCCUCCGGCUCCUCCGUCUCUCUGUCCAACUCCUCCAGGUCGUCUUCUCACUCUUCAUCCUACACAGGCUCUGGAUCUUCUCGCUCACGCAGCCGCUCCUCCUCGUUCAGCUCCUACUCCAGCCACUCCUCUCAGCGCAGCUCCUUCAGUGGCAGCCGCUCCAGAUCUCGGUCGUUCUCCACGUCUCCCUCACCGAGUCCAGCAGCACCGAGGAAUGCGAAGAACAAACCAGAACCUGCUCCUGCGUUAAAUAAAGGGAUGCCGCCGAAGCCCGGUACCAUUCCGCCUCCUCGUCGGGAAAAACCUUCCAUGAAAAAAGCUCCCAGUCCUCCUCCCCCUGCUGGACCACAGGGCAGACCCCCCAAACCUGUGCCAGAGGGAAGCAAACCCCCCACCAAUCCACGGGAGGGCGGAGGACCAGGAGGCGGGGCCAGCACAGCGGGAAGACCCCCAGUGCCGCGAGAACCAGGAAAACCUCCCAAUCCACGGGAAGGAAGGCAGAAAGAGAGGCAGCAACAUCCUCCGCAAAGGCGAACUGUGAGUGGCAGUGUCAGUGGGAGUGGCAGCAGUUUUACUGGCUCCAGCUCCAGGUCUAGGUCCCGAUCCUCGUCCAACUCACUUUCACGCUCCGGAUCCAGGAAAUCCAGAAAAUCAAGAUCACUGAGUGUGAGCAGCGUGUCGUCGGUGUCGUCUGCAUCGUCCAGCAGUAGCUCAGCACGCAGUGCCGACUCAGAUGACAUGUAUGCCGACCUUGCCAGCCCGGUGUCGUCUGCCAGCUCACGCUCGCCCGCACUCAAUCAUCCCCGCAAGGAGCGAGGAGCUCCACGGGAGCAGCCUUCACACGCAAGAGACAAAAACAGGGAGCGACCGUCGAAGAAGGACGAACCUUUCCGCGAUGAUCGCAGGAAGCUCAUUCCUUCUGGAGUGCCACCUAGAGGAGGCCAUGCCAUGUCCAGAUCAGGUCCUGGGAGUCGGGGGGGCCACCCUGGACACACCCCUGCAGGCAACAUGGGCCCCCCAGGAAGCUAUGGAGGUUCAGGUUCCCACAAAGACAUCAAACUCACCCUCCUCAACAAGCAGCAGGCGGAUAAAGGCAACAGGAAGAGAUACCUGCCGUCAGACAAAGACAGACCAGGUUCUCCUGCCAGUAAGAGGAUGGCCGUCUCUCCAGACAGAGGUCGUGAGAAAAAGAUGUUGGGUCGGCCCCCACUUUCUCCUCGUAUGGAUCGGCCCAGAGGGCAGGGGCCAAGACCUUUGCCCCCUCAUGGAGACAGGAAACGCCCUCUCUCUCCGCCUCCUAAAUCCUCGGGGAAAACUUCAGCAACACCGGCACCAGGUAAACCGGCCCCUCCUGGUCCUGCUUCUGCCGCCGGGUCCAACAAACCCAGCAACACGCUGUCCCGCCGCGAGGAGCUGCUGAAGCAGCUGAAGGCCGUGGAGGACGCCAUCGCCCGUAAGCGAGCCAAGAUUCCCGCCAAAUAGAAGGCGGGGCUGUGAGACCGUUUUCCCGCCGUCAGUGGACGUGUAAAAAAACAUUUUGUUCGGCUCUCGCCGCAAAAAAAUCAAAUAAAAAACAAAACAAACUGCUCUGUUUGGCUCCGCCCUCCAAACUCCCGGACGUCCUGCUGCGGUUCGACAAGAGCGAGAGUGUGGGCGUGGCCGAGGGAGGAGUAUCACGGAAGCAUCGCCCUCGGGAUUUGUACACGUCAAUGUCUACGACUUCUGUCUCUUGCCCCGCCCCUUUCAUGGUCUGGUCCUCACGUUUGCGUUUGUUUACUGCGUCGACCGCGACUUUGUAUAAAUCCUGUAAACGAACGCAAGCUCGUUUGUUUGUUUUUCGCAGUUUCUUCUUCGUCUUCUUCGUCACUUCUUGUACAAAAUCAGCGAGACGUCGGAUGGUUUUAAACCUUUGAUUCUAGACGACAGUGAUGUGAAACUUUCUUCUUUUUUUAAAAAGCUUCUUCUUCUUUGCUUUCCUCGAGUGACAAAACGCCACGUUUUAUUUUGCGUCACACUUUUUAGUUGUAGGAGGAGUUUGACGUGAGACGGGGACUUUGAGACAUGAGUGUCUUUUGUGAGAACAGCCUUCGAAAUAAACUAUUUUGAUAAAGA